GUCAGUAGAAGAAGACUUCUGUUGUUUACCAUGGUGCUACUGAACGUCUUCUGGGGCUGACAGAUGCCACUCCAGAAGGUUAAUAAGAUGAAGGCAGCUCUCCCAGCUGGACCAUAAGAGGGAUUAUGUCUGAGCAGCAGAUAAACAGCUUAUUCCAGAAACAGACACUGCUUUUUUUGUUGUUGUUUAAACUUCGUCACUCUUCUCAGAAUUCUCACUCCAGUCCUACUUUCAUUCUCUUUGGGUGAGAGGUGGGAUGAGCUUGAGGGUUUGUUCAACUCUUGGAUCCUCCAUCUGUUGCUACAUAGCGAAUGAGAGGACAUUCUGAACACCUUGGUUUUGGGACACAGCUGGUACGACGUUUGAGUGGUGUCGACUCCUUAAAAACAACUUAUUCAGCCAAACCUACUUCUUCAUAGCCUGCAUAACCAUCCUUGAAAACUGUGAAUGGUUUAAAAAAGCACCAUGCAUUUGAAAACAGGAUUCAUAUUUCUCAUAGUUUGCCUUGCACUCCAAGUCCAAGGAAGUACAGAAACUCCAAAUAAAAUUAAUCACGAUGAAGCCAAACUUCUUGCAGAUGCUUCUGGGUCUGAAAAGUCAGAGAGAACUACAAAGAGGUCUAGAGUAUCAACUAUUCGGAGAAUAUUUGAUAUGGCCAAGCAUCGAACAAAGAGAUCUUCUUUUUUCCCAACUGGAGUGAAGGUUUGCCCUCAAGAGUCAGUGAAGCAGAUUUUAGCAAGCCAUCAAGCUUAUUAUCGGCUAAGAGUUUGCCAAGAAGCCGUAUGGGAAGCUUUCCGAAUUUUUCUGGAUCGGAUUCCAGAUGCAACAGAAUAUCAGAAUUGGGUCACUGCCUGUCAGCGGGAAACAUUUUGUAUAUUCGAUAUUGGGAAAAAUUUCAGUAAUUCUCAGGAGCAUCUAGAAAUAAUUCAACGGCGAGUAAAACACAGAACCUUCCAGGAUAGAAAAGAGGAAAUUUCUACAGAGAAAACCAGUGGCAAAAAACCUGAAGAAUCGCCUUCCCUUGCUACAGCCCCUACAGGCACCCUGGUGAAUGAAAUCGUCAACGACACCAAGAUUCCUGUGAAGGAGAUAAAGCCAGAGGUUCCAAACAUAGUUUCUGAACAUCCUGUGGAACAGAUGGUGGAAUUCAGUGUUACUCUCACCAACCAGGAAUACACCCCAGAACUGAGUGACCCUACAACUCCUCAGUACCAGAAACUAGCUGCAAAAUUCCAGCUUCAAAUGCAAAAAAUAUUUGAGAAACUUGCAGGAUUCAAAGAAAUCCGUGUGUUAGGAUUUAGACAGAAGAAGGAAAAAGAUGGGUCAAGCAGCACCGUGGCACGGUAUGUUGUUAACUUUGAGAGGGAUGAAAGUGAAGUGAAAGGCCUUGCGGAUGACAUCUCAACUAUUGGCUCCAACAAAGUUGAAAAUGAAAAAGUUCCCCUUAGUACAGAGGGGGAGAUACCUGCAGUCAAGCCAAAAGUGACAGAACUUCAGCAGAUGGUUGCCAUGGCACUACAAGAAGAUAAAUCAUUAUCCAUGGACCUUGGGACGCUUCAGUUUACUGAUGCAGAGCUUAGGCCAUCUAGUGACUCAGACAAUAUUAUCACCGAUGCUGGGGCUGGACUUGGAUUGGAAGUUAGUGAUCAGAAGAGUGAAGAUGAGCGGAUGCAAGACCAGAUCUCUAGCAUAGACUCACAGAACCUCCCUGGGGAAGACAUAAAGAUUGCAGGCCAGCUGGAAUCUUCUGGCGAUGACAUUUUUGCCACAUUGAGCACAAUGCCCUACUUCAUUGGUUCCCCUGGCCUGCCCACUUCUGUUCCUGAAGAUGAUAUUUUGGGCCCCACGGAACAAAUCAUUUUGUUGCCAGCUACCAGUGGCCCCUCAGCUGUCAUAGACCAGUCUUUUGAAGCAACAAGUUCUGUAUGGGCAGCAGCAACUGAUGUCGGCAUCCCUACAGGAUUUGACAUGGGAGUGCAGGACAUUGCCACUGAACUGGGCCCAAUUGACAUAAUGAGCCCAGCAACGGUGGAGGAGGAGGGAAGCGGCUACUAUGCCAUGCCAGAAAUCCCAGACAUGACCCCAGCUCCUCCACUGGAAUAUGUGACUACAAGCUCCAUGACAACGGCAGCCAAAGGCAAAGAGUUGGUGGUGUUCUUCAGCCUGAGAGUCACCAACAUGCGCUUCUCUGAUGACCUCUUCAAUCGGAGUUCUGCAGAAUACAAGGCACUUGAACAGCAGUUCAUGCAGCUGCUGCUUCCCUACUUACAGUCCAACCUCACAGGGUUUAAACAACUGGAAAUACUCAAUUUCCGCAAUGGAAGUGUGAUUGUCAACAGUAAAAUGAAGUUUGCCAAGUCGGUGCCAUACAACAUCACAGAGGCUGUCCACUGUGUAUUGGAGGACUUUUGCGAUGCAGCAGCUCAGCGUCUUAAUCUCGAAAUUGACAGCUACUCACUUGAUAUUGAGCCAGCUGAUCAAGCGGACCCUUGCAAGUUCAUGGCAUGUGAUGAAUUUUCACACUGCGUAAAGAAUGACUGGACUAAAGAAGCAGAUUGUCUUUGCAAACCUGGCUAUGUACGAAAAGAUGGACGGCCAUGCCAGAGUCUGUGCGAGAUUGAACCCCACCUGUGUGUUAAUGGUGACAAGUGUGAAUUGGUCCCGGGAAGAGGGGCAGUCUGUAGAUGCCCAGUACGUAGAAACAGAGGAGAGCGUUGCACAAAAUACACUCCAGCACCUGCCCGAUCCAACAUCUCCAAAGCUGUGAUGCUAGGCUUACUAUGCCUCAUUUUCCUCCUCAUCACUUUAAUAAUUAAAUUACGAUGGAAAUGCAAAAGCAGGACUAAUGUGGAAGGCCCUCCUCUCAGCCCAUACAGUGCGGAGAACACUGUAAGAAUUAAUCCUGCUUUUGAUCACGAUGAACCCAUCAGUAGUUUCUGCCGUGGGCCGUGUAGCGUAAGUGCUUGCAGCAAUUCCUCCGAGAGCAGUGAUCAAGGGGCAUUGCAAAAUAAUGAACACACAACAGAGCAUGGAGGCCACCAGACGCAAAACAAAGACUGACAAGUUAGUGUAUGAAGCCGCAGAUUCCAGCCACAGCCAGAGGAUCUAAAGCAACAGGACUUCCUCGUGUGAUAUUCACUCAACAAUUGAGUCUUUGAGAAGACCAGCAUCAAAGACUUCAGAAGGCUACCAAUCUAUUUUCCCCCCAUAAAGGCAAAGAACACUUUAACUGAAGUUUAUUUUUGCUAAGAAAAAAGAAAACGGUGGCUGCAUCUACUUUCCUCAGAACUGCUGAAUUUCAUUACCUGUAAUACAUAUUAUCAAGAAUACAGUGCUAAAUGUAUUUAAUAACUGUACAGUGUUUAUAUAAUGAAUAUUUUUUGUUAUCUUUAAGCUUAGAUGCAUAUGCAGAAGUUUGUGCUGGAAAUGUUAAAACCUGUGGUGUUCUAUCCUGAAUUUUGAAAGGGACAGCAAAAUGGCUGGCAUGCAUACUAAAUAAUGGGACAGGAGUCAGAAAUGUAUUAGUAACUGUUAUAGGUGUAAUAACUGGAGAUGCAUAAUGAGGGAGCUUAUUCAAGGCUUACAAUAGGAAACAAAGGCCCGUUACAAACGGGCACCCUAGCACGGACUCAGUCCAUACUAGGGUUAGAAAGGGGCGUCUGGAAGAGACGCCCCUAACCCUAGUACGGACUGAGUCCAUACGAAAUGGCGGCAGCUGUUCCACAUGGCCGGCGCCAUCUUGACGUAACGGACGCGCUGCUUCCACACGUCGCACCUCAGAAAUGACGCUGCGAGUGUGCACUUCGGCACUUGCGGCAUCUUUUCCAGGGCGCAGGAAGGAGCGCGAUUUUCGCACUACUUCUUUGCAGCGUCCGGGAACCAUGCCGUUUGGCUGCUGUGGUUCCCGGAUGCUGCAACCGGUGGCGGCAGCAGACCGCCACUUUUCGGCGGUCUGUAACCCGCCAAAGCUUAGUUUUCUAGCCAGUUGUUAGGUUUUAGUCUUAGUACCCAAUGAUACCUAAUAAAAUAGAAUAGAUUCUCAAAAUUAUUGCACUUCUUUACCUGAAACAAAUGGAUGCAGCUUUCUAUAAAAUACUAUUUUAAGAAUUAACCGACAUACUUUGUGUUCUAUAUAAGACAUAUUUACUAUUACCUAUACCCUGGAAAAGAUAAGGUUGGGAAAGCUGCAACAGACCAUAAAAUACAGUCUUCACAGUAUCGCAACCACUACUGUACAAGACUUCUCAGCUAGCAACAUUUGGGCACAGCUAAUAUUUUUUUUAAAAAAAACCAAA